CACACGACAUAAACUGAACAGCACACAGGACUACUACACAGCGCACGGUGAAAAACAUUUGGGAAAAAUACGGAUAUUUUUUUCUCAAAUUGAAAAACAGGAUAAGUAGAAGCAAUAUGGCAGAGACCGACCCGGGGGAUUUGCUUUCACCUGUGGUUCUUCGAGAUCAAUCCACUAAAGCAUCCCAUGCUCCAUCCAUGACAGUGUGGGGGUCCAGAGUGAAGCGCUACAUGGGGCCUAACGUCUACACGGCUCCCCCAGAUGGUGGCUGGGGCUGGGUGGUGGCGGUCUCCUUCUUCCUGGUGGAAAUGUUCACCUACGGAGUCAUCAAGAGCUUGGGCAUCUUCCUCCAGGACCUGAUGGGGGAGUUCGGGGAGAGCAACAGCCGAGUCUCUUGGAUCAUCUCCAUCUGUGUCUUCGUCAUGGCCUUCACUGCUCCUCUCGCUUCUGUGAUGACCAACCGGUUUGGGUUCCAGACAGUUGUUAUGAUUGGUGGACUCCUCGUCUCCAUAGGAACCAUCGCCAGUGGCUUCACCAAAUCCAUCAACGAGAUGUACAUCACCAUUGGACUUGUUGCAGGUCUGGGAUACUGUCUGACCUUCCUGCCCACCAUCACCCUCCUGUCCCAGUACUUCUCCCACCGACGCUCCCUGGUCACAGCUGUCGCCUCCACAGGAGAGUCCUUCUCUGUGUUCGCCCUCGCCCCAGCCUUCUCUGCUCUGAGGGACCGUAUCGGCUGGCGUUACACCCUGGUGGUGAUUGGAGCUCUACAAGGCAUCAUCAUCAUCUGUGGAGUUCUGCUAAGACCCAUCAUCAUCAGACCUGGACCAGCCACGGAGACAGAAACAGAUGGACUGGCUGACAAAGAGCUGAAGGCUCUGGAUACUCUGAACACACAGGAGUACUACAGUAAGGACAGGUUGUACACUAAGGUCAGUUCAUAUGCUAAGGAUGGGUCUUACACACCGCAGAGGGAUAACAAGCUGGCUCAUUGUUACUCCCUGAGCUCUGGAGAGUCUGAGGACCAGGUCCUGGAGGACGGCAGUAAGGCAGGGGAGGAGUUGAAGGGGAACGAGGGGAAAGAGGAGGAGGAGGAGGAGGAGGCGUCUUCACAGCGGUGCUUAGGAAGCAAGGAGAAGGAGAUGAAGAAGGACGAGGAGACGGAGGAGAAGGAUGAGGAACAGACACAGACAGUAUCCCCCCAGAAACUCCUUGACUUCUCCAUGCUGAGAGAAGGCAGCUUCAUCUGCUACGCUCUCUUCGGCCUUUUUGCCACAUUGGGUUUCUUUGCCCCUCAGCUCUACAUCAUCGAGCUGAGUGUGAACCGUGGCGUGAAGCGUGACCGCGCCGCCUACAUGCUCUCCGCCAUGGCCUUUACCGAGAUCUUCGGCCGCCUCUCCAUUGGUUGGGUGCUAGGCAGGAAGCUGUUCAGAGGCAAGAAGCCCCUGGUGCUGCUGGGAUGUGUAGUUCUGCUGUGCCUGGUACUGGUGGCCUUUACCCUGGUGUGGGAGUUCUGGGGCCUGGUGGUGUGUUGUGGGUUCUAUGGGUUUUUUAUAGGCACCGUGUCGUCGACACAUAUACCCAUGCUGGCAGAGGAGGAUGUGGUGGGCAUAGAGAGGAUGCCGUCGGCCGUGGGGGUCUAUGUGUUUAUACAGAGCUUCGCUGGGCUGGCGGGACCACCUCUGGGAGGUGUUCUUGUGGACCUGACUCAGAACUACGGCUCAGCGUUCUACUCCUGUGCAGUGGGUAUGGGUCUGGGGGCUGUGUUCCUGGGUCUGGUACGACCAGCCAAGAGAGGCCUGCCCUGCUGCAGCACAACCAGGCCUCAGAGCAUUUCGUAUUAUUCUAAUAAUAUGAAGUGCUCUGAGACCAGGUUGUGCAGCAGGAGGGGGGCUCAGAACCUCCCAGAACCCCUGCAGGUGGGGCCGGGAAACCCUGUACCUCAGCGAGAGGGGAAGGAGGCCCAGGACAGAGUCAGUCCUCAGGACUUCCUAGAAGUUGACCUUGAUUUGGAUGAGAAAACAUUACAGAAAAAGGCCAACCGAUGACAAUCUCUACUUGAAAAGACAUCACACAGGUCAGAAGGAAAACCCAUAAGAGUCUGAACUGAAGUCUCGGUUAAACUAGUGCUGAUUGGGGUAAAUCAGAGUCUGAACUGAAGUCUUGGUUAAACUAGUGCUGAUUGAGAUAAAUCAGACAGUCUGAACUGAAGUCUCGAUUAAACUAGUGGUGAUAGAGAUAAAUCAGACAGUCUGAACUGAAGUCUCGAUUAAACUAGUGGUGAUAGAGAUAGAUCAGACAAAUGUGUGAAUAAAGAUCUAGACUGCACACGGAUGGAUAAGGACUAUCUACCCUGUGAUUUCAGAUCUGGUUUCGGGAGUCUGAAGAGGUUUCAUACCUCCAGUGACUCACACUGAACAAAGGAAAGGGCGAACUGAACAUCCUGGAUGUAAGGGGUGAAAUGAACACUGCAAGAUUAGUUGUAAACUGGGACAACAAUGUUAUUAAAGCUUCCAUGAACAUGAAAACACUGUUUUGGCUCAUGGUAUUGUAAGAGAGGAUACAAAGAAUAUGUAGAGGCCCGUUUUUAGAUUUAUGAAGUCAGCUGUGAAGAACAACACAUCAUGACACUGUUGUAUUCAAUUACUUUUUAAUCUUCACGUUACAUUUUUUAGACAAUGCAAUCACUUGUGAGAAUCCUAAGAUAUUUUGGUACUAAUAAAA